GGGCACGGUGGAACAACACCUCAUGGAUCGUAUCUCGUUACAAAUGAUAACAAAAUGCUCAUAUCAUCUGAGCUAUCAAACAUUCUUCGUACUGCCAAAACCAACAAAAUAAUUCUUAUGUUUGAUAGUUGCUAUGCCGGAGGUAUGAGUAAUCCGUUCAUUUGGGGUGCAAAUAUGUGUAAAGAAGGAAUUCAUAUUUUGUGUGCGUCUCGCGGUAGUGAGCUUUCCUAUCAAGGUGACACAAAUGGCAUUUUCACUAAAUAUUUAAUCCAAGGUCUGAGAGGAGAAUAUCAUUGUCGAACCAAUAAUUGUCCUCAAUGUACAACGAGAACUACAAAUUUACGACAAGCUACAAUACAAAAGGUUACUAGUACGGAAUUAUCAACCUAUUUAACUCAUGCUGUUAGUGGUAGGCAGAACUUUGCGUAUACAGCUAUUAAUGGAUCGGAAUUCGAUAUCAGUUUUAUCAAUUAA